AUGCCCUCCGGGUCGGAAAAGCAGCAAGAUGUCUUUGAUAGAGUCCAGACAAUCGACCAAGGCGACAUGGCACCGGUCGACGGCGAAAUCGGUGCACACAUGGCGCGAAUAGCCGGGACCAAGCAUACUCUCCGCCACUUGAAGCCUCGCCAUAUCCAACUCAUGGCUUUCUCUGGAGCCAUCGGGACUGGAUUGUUUGUCGGGUCCGGAUCGGCUCUAGCAAGGGCAGGGCCCCUGGGCCUGCUUCUGGGCUAUUCCACCUAUGCCAUGCUCGUGUGGUCGACCUUCAAUGCUGUGGGCGAAAUGGUCAUCUGGCUGCCAAUUGAUGGCUCAUUUGUCGUGUUCGUACAUGCAUACCUUGACGACGCCUGGGGAUUUGCUCUUGGAUGGCUCUAUACCAUCACUAGUGCGUUAUCUGCCGCGGGGGAGGUGGCCGCAGUCGCUGCCAUCUUCAACUUUUGGACUCUUUCAGUCAAUAACGCCGUCUACGUGGCCAUCGUAUCGGCAUCUUUGGUCGCCCUCAACGUCUUUGGUGUCCGAAUCUAUGGAGAGGGAGAGUUUUACUUUUCCAUUUUCAAGGUUUUCCUCAUCAUGGGUCUACUCGUCAUGACCUUCAUCCUCAUGGUUGGAGGCAAUCCUCAACAUGAUGCGUUUGGUUUCCGUUAUUGGAAAGACCCCGGUCCAUUCAACCAGUACAUCGCCUCUGGAAAUUGGGGUCAUUUCCUAGGGUUCUGGUCGGUCUUUGUCCAAGCAGCCUUCGCCUUUGGUGGGCCGGACUACAUCGCUUUGACCGCAGGCGAGGCUCGAGCCCCCCGGCGUGUGCUGCCGUCGGUCUUCAAAAGAGUCAUCUAUCGACUGUCCCUUUUCUAUAUCCUAGGUGUCCUCGCGGUGGGAAUCCUGGUCCCGUCCAACGACCCGAGUCUCGGCUCCAGCAAGCCCGGCGCCGGGGCUUCACCCUUCGUGAUCGGCAUCACGCGCCUCGAAAUCCCCGUCCUUCCGCAUAUUAUCAACGCUAUGCUCCUCACAUCGGCAUGGUCCUGCUCGCUCGAGCUCUUCUAUGCUGCAACUCGAUCUUUGUAUGCGUUGGCAGUGGACGGCAAAACUCCCCGAUUCUUUCGAUUCACCUGGCGAGGCGUCCCGACAGUAUGUGUGGUGGCCGUCUGGAUUGUCACAUGGAUCUCUUUCAUGUCGGCGUCGAAAAGCUCGCUGACGGUUUUCACUUGGCUGACCAACAUUGUGGGAUCUGGCAAUCUUCUGAUAUAUUGCGUCUUCCACGUCACAUACAUCCGGUUCAGACGUGCUCAAACGGCUCAGGGAAUUCCCGAUGAGCAGCGGCCAUGGUUCCGUCGACACCAGUACUACUAUUCGAUCGUGUCACUCAUUUGCUAUUUGACCAUCUACAUUACGAACGGCUUCGCUGUCUUUACGGAUGGGAACUGGUCAAUCGCAGACUUCAUCUUUGCUUAUUUCUCCCUGGGUCUCUUCCUGGUCACCUAUCUAGGCUACAAGUUGUUCAAGAGGCCGGGCAUGAUUCGCCUUGCCGACGUCCCUCUUCAUGCUGGCCGCACCGAUACUGAUAUGGAUGAUGGCUAUGUGGAGGCUGAACCCAGGACGAAAAUAGAACGCUUCGCUAGGUGGCUAUGGGGCUGA